CUUCGAAGGAGUUUUAUAAUGAAGCACUGGAAGAUGGACCUGAUGUUGAAGAUCAGACAAGUCGUGAAUGGCACAUUUUCCGUUGCUUUGGACCAUUUGCCUUCUUUGAUAUUCAAGAAGGACAGGAGUCCCAGCCUUCAGGAAGUGGAUCUUGGGUAAAUGUUGACGAAGUUGAGUUUGUCCUCCUCAUGUACCAUAAAUUAGUAUCUUCUUACCCACAGCUGAAGUCAAGUUCUCAGCUUGCUAUCAUAUCUCCAUAUAGUUAUCAAGUCAAGCUAUUUAAAGAAAGAUUUCGGGAAACUUUUGGGGUGGAGUCAGAAAAAGUUGUGGAUAUCAACACUGUUGAUGGUUUCCAGGGCCGAGAGAAGGAUGUUGCAAUUUUUUCAUGUGUUAGGGCAAACAAAGAUAGAGGCAUAGGUUUUGUCUCUGAUUUUCGGCGAAUGAAUGUCGGGAUUACGAGAGCAAAGUCUUCUGUAUUGGUGGUUGGCUCGGCAGCAGCAUUAAGAACUGAUGAGCACUGGAAGAACCUUUUGGAAAGUGCUGAGAAGAGGAAUCGUUUUUUUAAGGUUUCCAAGCCCUUUGUCUCAUUUUUUACUGAUGAAAAUUUGGAGACCAUGAAUGUAAAGAACAAAGAAGAAGAGGUUGCAGAUGGCGGGUUGGCGGCCGAGAACGGAAGUAGUAUGCCUUUUGCAAAUGUUGCAGAUAUGGAUCAGGGACCACCCACAGAAGAGAUGGACUACGGAGGAGAUGGAGGAGAUGGGGACAACUUUGAAGGUGGAUUUGAAGAGGACUAGAUACACCCACUCUACUUCUAAUGGAAAUGAAAUCAUCACUCUUUUAGUUAUUAGGGAAUUGGUCCUUAGCCAAUCCAAAAUUUUGUCCUCUCUUAAGUUAUCAUCAGUUAUGAAGUUAGAAAACAUUGAACAGCUUUAUUCUUGGAAUAUGUUAUUUUGUUUGGUAAUUAAUAUCAAAGUCUACUUUUACAAA